AUGGUUCUGAAUCAAACGGGUGCGUUGGAAAUGAAUGCCGGAUUCCAAACGGUGGGCGUUGGGGCGAGUGCAAGGAAAGCGCUGCUGAGUGCACUUCAAGAUAAACGGCUGGUGAUAGGGCUGGGAAGUGCAAUUCGCAGCCUAGCUAAGGAACCGGAUCAGUUUACGUUCUGUUUUCUGGCGCCAGCCCAUCACGACGACAGUGGCGCGCAUCUGCAGGAAGUGCUGCUGGAGGCGUUUUGCCUAGAGCACGAUAUCUACAUUAUACGGGUCGACAGCGCUUACAAACUCAGCCGACUCGUACAAUCUUCGACGGAAACUUCAUGCGCUUUGGUACGGAAACUAUCGACGAGAAUGAUCCGCCGAAUGACGAGCGCUUACCGCCGUUCUGAAAGUAUUCUGGUCGAGCACUGUGAGCUGUACUUGGAUGAGCCUCAUAAGCCCGUCAUUAAAUUGCCCGAAAAGUGA